GGAAGCUUGGCUCCUACCAACAGCAUUCCACGCCUCGUUCGACCUACCUACCAUCAAGGGAAGCUGACCGAACUGGCGUCGGCAUCCCACGCUAUUGACAAUGCGAGCCCGCCCGGAAUGACCGCAUUUGCGGGUGCGACCUGCCUAACUGAGCCUCUGGACUCUCGGCGAUCGGGAUAUUGGAGACCUUGAUGGACGCCAUUUCCCUGCAGUCGGUGCGCAUGAGGGACUUCAAUCCUGGAUUCUUGGCAGCUGGAGGUCGGCACAUGGCGUUGCCCUCCCUCAGUCGGCAUAUAUCAUGCCGGGACGAUUUCAUACAUCGACCAUGAACCACUCGCCCUCUCCAGUCGUUUCACCGCAGCACCCGUCAGCGAGACCCCAAAACAGACCAAAAUGAGGGCAGUCUCGUGCGCCGCAGUCCUCUUGGGACUUGUUUCCACCGCCCUGGCACAGACGAUCGCGCCAUCUCCCACAGAAUCUGUCGGCUGUGAGCCUCACGGUGACCACUGGCAUUGCGAGGGUCCCCGCGAGACCUCUGCAGCAGACGGCACAGUCACCACUACCGCUGCCGCUGUUACUACCACGGCUACUGCCACCGUCACCACGUCGGCUGCCCAUGGUGAUGACGACCAUGAUCACGACGAGCACCAUGAUGAGUCCGGCACCGCCAGUCUAGCGCCCAGCCCGACCGAGUCCUAUGGCUGUGAACCUCACGGGGACCACUGGCACUGCGAGGGCGCUGUGACUGCAUCCGGUUCCGUAUCAACCACCCUUGUGACAACAACCGCGUCCACCAGCCAGACUGCUGACGGCGCUUCAACCUCCCCGAGCACCGCAGGGGCUCCUCAUCAUGCAGCUACAGGCCUGGCUAUUGCCGGUCUGGCUGCUGCUGCCGCCGCCAUAGCUCUUUAAACGGGUAUCGGCCUUGCAUUUUCAGCCUCUUAAGAACACCCAGCUUAGUUCAGGUUCUUCGCCAAGGUCGACCGAUGAGAAACGAGGGACGAUGAAAGACCUGAGUAAAAGCACCUAUUAUUCUUCAAAAUGUUGUACUGGUACUGUACAUAAGAUUCAUUGCACAUAAUCGAUGCGAGCAGAUUGCUUGAAAACGUCUUCGACAACCGACCUGAAGGUUCGGUGCUAUCCGGUUUCGUACCAUGCCAAUGUAAAGACACCUUAGGUUUCCAAGUCCGAAUGGUGCAAAUCUUCCCUACCUUCCAUUGAAAUCCCUCCAUCAGGUCAC